GGGCUGGCAUUUAGUUGCUGAGCCAAGCAGGAGACAGACUUUAAGAAGGUGUAGAGAACCCAGGAGACUGCAUCAUGGCCGGGAAGCCCAGGCUGCACUACUUCAACGCACGAGGCCGGAUGGAGUCGAUCCGGUGGCUCCUGGCUGCAGCCGGAGUCGAGUUUGAAGAGAAACUUAUACAGACUCCAGAGGACUUGGAAAAACUAAAAAAUGAUGGAAGUUUGAUGUUCCAGCAAGUGCCAAUGGUGGAAAUUGAUGGGAUGAAGCUGGUGCAGAGCAGAGCCAUUCUCAACUACAUUGCCGCCAAACACAACCUCUAUGGGAAAGACAUCAAGGAGAGAGCCCUGAUUGACAUGUAUAUAGAAGGUGUGGCAGAUUUGAUUGAAAUGAUCAUGUAUUUGCCCAUGACCCCACGUGAUGAAAAAGAUGCCAAGAUUACCCAGAUCAAAGACAGAACAAUAAAUCGUUACUUGCCUGCAUUUGAAAAAGUGUUAAAGAGCCACGGACAAGACUACCUGGUUGGAAACAAGCUGAGCAGGGCUGACAUCCACCUGGUGGAACUUCUCUACUAUGUCGAAGAGGUUGACCCCAGCCUUCUGGCCAACUUCCCUCUGCUGAAGGCCCUAAAAACCAGAAUCAGCAACCUGCCCACCGUGAAGAAGUUUCUGCAGCCUGGCAGCGCAAGGAAGCCUCUACUGGAUGAGAAAGCUAUAGAAGAAGCAAGGAAGGUUUUCAAGUUUUGAUAAAGCAGGCCUGGCCCCCAGCAAAGGCAGGACCAAUCUUCUGAAAUUUUCCAACAGUGACGUGCUUGACCCACAUGUAGAUCCUGGCUAUUGUGAGACUAAUGAACUAAUCCUUCAUUUAAAUGCUAAUUUAAUUAGAAAUCAGCCAUGCAGAUUUAUUUGCAAAGCAAUCUAUUUUGUGUCGAUCAUAUAUGAAAUUAUGAUUUCCUCUUAGGAUGUCUCUUGGAUCUAAAAAUAGAUGUGAUGAGAAAAAGUUUCAUGGACUCUUUGAUCUAUUCGAAAAAUUGACGCAUAACAGCUAUCAUAUACGUCAUCAAAAACAGUAAAGCAGAAAUUUUCAUCUAUAUUCUCAGUUACACAAAAAUUACCUUUUCUUUUUGUACUUUGCUGUCUUUCUCACCCACAACCUAAAAAUGUAUCUCUGUCUCUUUUUUUCCUGAGAGAAACACUUUUCUUCAGGUAAUCAACGUUUUUUUCUGUUCAAUUAUGGAAGUAAUAUUUCUUUACAUGUAAUAUGUAAUAUUCAAUGUUCCAGGAGCUGAGAAAUAAUGACGAACCAGCCACAUAUAUUCUCUGUCCUCAUGGGGUUCACUCUAGUGAGAGAAAGGAAAAAAUAGGUCAUCCUAAUCCAAAAUCAUGCGUACCUUGUCCAUCAAUUUCCUAGGGUUGCUGCAACAAAUGACCGCAAAUUUAGCGGCUUAAAACACUGGAAAUCGAUUUUCUCACUGUUCUGGGGGCUCUUGGUGUGAACUCAAGGUUGAGCAGGACCACGCUCUCUCUGAAGCCUCAGGAAAGGAUCCAUCCUCACCUCUUCUGGGUCCUCAGCCUUGGCAUUUCUUGGCUUGUAGAUGCAAAAGUCCAAUCUCUGCCUCUGUUGUCAUAUGACGUGCUUCUCCUGCGUGUGUCUCUACCCAAGUUCCUUCUUCUGAUACAGAUAUCGGUAAUUGGGUUUGAGCCCACCCUAGUACCGUAUGACCUCCUCUUAACUUGAUGACAUCUGCAAAGACCCUAUUUGUAAAUAAAGUCACAGUCAUUGGUACCCACGGUCAGGACUUUAGCAUAUCCUCUCUUAGGAGAUUUGAGUUAAGCUAUAGCACCAUGCGAGGGGAUGAGAUAAGGCCGGGCAUACACUAACGAGUAUGCCUUUGCUGGAAUCUGUGGGUCAGUCAUGGUUUCUCAAGGAGGGGAGUCAGGGCUGCCGUGAGACCUGAAGGAGAGACAAGUUGCAGGUAGGAAAGUGGGCGGAACCUUGGUCGGGCAGCAGGGAUGGAACCCAGGCAGGAGGUCAGCAGGGUGAAUGGCCUGGGGAGAGAGACUGAACGCGGUGUAUUUGAGGAAAGAGGAGUCAGUGGGUCUGAGUGGAGCAUUGGCCAUAAGGUGGGGAGGAGCACCGAGGAGGUGAGGUCAGAGAACAGGGCCCAGAGUCCUCAGGACUUUGAAGACCAUGGCAAGGAGUGUGGAUUCUGUCCUAAGGAAAAUAGGAAGCCACUGAAGUGUAGCCAUACACCUGCUUUAGCAGCCUGAUAUACAACAGGACAAAAUCACAUCUCUUAAAUAUUCAUUUUAAGUCACUCAAGUAUCCAUCUCAGAGCAGCAAGAACAUUCUCCUCCCAGGAGUCUCCUUCCCGUGUUAAAUCCAACAACCAAGGGCUGACUCCAUUCAACGGGUCACAUAGCCCUGAGACCGAUGGAAAAUCCCUGGUCCUCUGCUGCUGUCCCUAGUCUUUGCUGUCGCUUCAGUGGGAGAAAAGCCCAACUAAAGGGGGCUGAGGAGCAAACGGGAGGGGAGAAGCAGAGAGAGCAGACACUCACAGUCCUCUUGAAAGUUUUGCUUCAAAAAGGACAGAUGAAUGAGACAGUAAACUUCAUCUGAGUUCUAGAAAAGCAAGGAAAGAUUACGUAGGUUGGGCCCAGAUACAUCUGCAAUUAUGGGAAGUCACCUAAGAACGGCCAAGGCUGUGUACAACAGCCAGAGGUUUCUAAAGGCCCUUCAGUUUUUAGUCACCAGGGAGGUCCCGCUGCUCCAGAAAGGGCGCCAUCCGUGCUCAGCCAGGGCAUAACUUCUUCUCAGACUAACUCCCUGGAGUAGGGUGGGCCUCUUCAGUUCAGAGAAAAUGUUGCUGAAACAGGGAGAGUACUAUUUCUUGUAAAUCUUAAAUCCACGUUGCAGUAAAUUGCCAAAAGAACAACUAAAAACUGCUGAGUGACAGGCUGAGGCAGGAAGUUCUCCACACUUCCCCUGAACACCUUCCAGUUUCUUUCACGUCUUUUUCCUUAUGCUCUCAUCUCUUCACCUCCAUCCAUCAGUCCCUCUUUGCAGCUUCCUCUUCCAUUGUCCCUUUCUGUGACAUAAAUGGAGGGAUGCAUCCACAAGCCAAGCAAUGCCGUCAGCCAGCAGAAGCCAGGAGAGAGGCGUGGAACGGAUGCUUCCUCAGAGCCUCCAGAAGGAACCAACCUGGUCAAGCCUUGAUUUGAAACCUCAGGCCUCCAGAACUGUGAGAGAAUAAAUUUCUGUGGUUUAAGGAACCCGGGUUGUGGUCAUUUGUUACAGCGGCCACGGGAAACUCAUACAACCACUUUGCAAUAAACAGGAAUGAAUACAUUCAACAACAUAAUCAUGCUGAGUGGCAGAAACCAGACAAAAAAGAGCACUUCUUGUAUGGUUGUAUUUAUACGAAAUUCUAGAAAAUGCAAACUAGUUCAUAGUGACAAGAAGCAGAUGGGUGAGAUGGGAGGGGCAGGAGGAAGGGAUUCCAACAGGGCUUGAGGACACGGCACAUUCACUAUAUUGAUUGUGGUGGGACUUUCACAGGUGUAUACAUAUGUCACAAUACAUCCAGUUGUAUUAAACUAUGUGCACUUUAUUAUGUGUCAAUUAUACCCCAAAUACAGUAAUAAAACUAAUGCAGGUGAAUAAACUCCACAACUUCAUCUCGUA